AUGGGUGGAAUGAUGUCAUGGAAACCUGUUUCGCCAAACCUAACUAAUGUUAGCACAACUACUAUUAAAUUAAAACAAACAUAUUCAUGGGUCAGUACUUCAAUGCCAUGCCUACAGGUGACUGGUACUGCUGGUAACACGCUUGUUUGUCCAACUGGUUGUAGUUCUAAUACAACGGGCAUUGCUAUUUCUGGAACCUGUAUUGAUUAUGAUUUUGGAUUAAGUAUCUCUACCUCUCUGACUACACAGUCCAUUACAUAUCAAUUAGGUGCGCAACUAGUGUUGGCUUAUCGAAGUACUUCAAUGAUAAAUCUCGUUGCUGGUUCAAAGCCGUGGAGCAUAGCAACGUAUAUUAAUUUAGCCGUACGUAAUGAUACUGGAGCAAUAAAUUCAUCGCCAACGGCAAAUAUGACCCCCGUAGUCGUCGUGCCUGUCAAUACACAACAAACGCUUCGCAUACCAAUGACAGAUAGUGAUUACGAUGUUGUGAAAUGUCGAUGGGCUAGUAACGCAUCUGCGGUUGCUUCAACAACUAUUGAUGAAUGUAGUGGCGUCUGCCAAGAUUUGUCAGGAGCUAAACUGUACACAUCAUCGAAUACCGAUAAUAAUUGUACAAUCGUAUUCAACACGAGUGUUGUUGGUUAUUAUUGUAUAGCAAUACAAAUAGAAGAUUUCAUGCCAUCGUCGCCGAAUGGUACAGCAUUAAGUUCUAUUCCAUUACAGUUUCUUGUACGUGGUGUGCAAGUUUCCUGUGGCAUACCAACUAUCACAGGAGAGCCAACCAACGGUGACACUCUAUACGUGCAAGCGAAUGUUUCAUAUUCUACAGAAAUUUUUGCACAAACGGAUUGCAAUGGUACCACGAUUAUUCGGUUUUUAACGGUUAUUUUACCAUCAGGUCUAGCAAGUAUUUCGUCAAUAAUAACAUACAGUUCAAUACUUUAUUCAACAACAUUUACAUGGACGCCUUCUAAUGAUCAAAUCGGUAAAAAGUACUUGCUCUGUACAAUCGCAGUCAAUAGUAACAAUUUACAAUCAACUGAAUAUUGUUUGAAUUUUGUGGUUAUUGCUCAAAUAGCAGCGACAGCUAGCAAUAGCAAUAAUGAAUCCUUUAAUUUGUAUUUACUAUUUGGAAUACUCCUGGGCAUUGUUUUGCUAGCCGGUCUGCUACUCAAUAUAUUGAGUUAUUGGUAUCUUCCUCGAUGGCUUGAUAAUACAUUUUUGGGUGAACUAAGACGAAGUUUUUUGCAUGAUGGAGAAGAAACAUCAUCUCCUCUAUGUGAAAAUCAACAUAAUGAAGAAAUACCAAAUAAAAGUCAAACUAUAAACAACAGCACAGGACUUUAUCGAGCGCUGUAUAUAAAACCAGAUGAAUCGUCUUGUGAAUCAGAGCAAUCAUUAAGUACAUCUCUGAAUCUAAGUUCAAGUUCACAAUCCGAAUCAAAACCUCGGACGACAACAAUAACACGAUUUUUGACUCUACCUUCUACUGGAAUAACGCCAAUUGGUCAUCCUUCAACAUUCCCAUCAUUACCAGAGCGAAUAUUGAGAAGUCAGCCUCAACGUUCUAUUUUAGUGCAGAACUAUUUUGAACAACAUAACAGCGCAUAG